AUGAGCGCACCGCCGCCGCCUCCGCCGCACGGCGAGGCACCAAGGUCGUCUGGGCUACCACCCGGUAAAUAUGACAUCUUUGUUAUACCAGAGCAUUCUGCCGGCGCAGGAUUUUUAUAUCUGCCAUCUUUGAAACCCAGUGUCAAUAGUUUCUUCGCAGGCUUUGCCUCGGCCUUGAUACUUGUGGCACUAUUCCAAAGCAUGGCGCCGGCUUUUCGUGCUUGGUGGGAGACAUUCCAAGGCUUGGGCAAUAUGGGUAUAACGCUUUUGAUACUUGGCGUUGGAUUCGGUGCUUGGGCCCUGGGGCGUACGCAAAAGGACUCGCCCGGCUCGAGCUAUCAUCACCAGAGUUCCUACAGCUCUGGAGGAGGAAGCGGACCGGGCACGGCGCCUGGCGGCUUCGGAUCGUCGACUCCUGGCGCAUCUCCCAACGGAGGAGCUCAUGCUAGGGGACAUGGAGGACCACCACCACCGCCGCCGCCUCACAGCAGCCCGCCUCCUCCACCACCUGGAGGCGGAGGACCGCCGCCGCAACAACGGGCACAAUCAUCACAACCGCCCCCUCCUCCGCAACCCGAGAAACCAAAAUCAUCAUGGCAACGGUCACCGCCUCAGCCCAGCACACCGAAACCGCAAUCGCCAAAGGGAACCUGGGAGAAGGCUCGUGAGGAAACGCGAAAGAAGGAAGAGGAACGGAAAGCAAAGGAAGCAGAACAAAAACGUCGAGAAGAGGCUGCAAAACGACUUGCAGAGUUAAGAGCAAAAGAAGCAAAGGAGAGACUGGAGCGGGAGAAGGAAAGAGAACGAAAGGAAAAGGAGACGAGCGAGAAGAAGCUCAAGGAAGAAGCCGAGCAGCGACGGAAGGAGCUGGCAGAGAAACUCAAGAAGGAGAGGGAGGAAAAGGAGGGGCAAAGAAAGAAGGAAGCUGCCGCCGGCAUGGGAGCUGCGCGGGCGAACAGUUCAUAUGCCUUUUCAGGAGUUGGAGAGAAGACGAGCAUGUGGCCAGAAGGAAAACCGGCUGGUCCACCACAAACAGGCUCGGCUGGUUCAUCGCCAACCAAAAAGCCGCCGAGCCCUGGAAAGAAGCCUCCACCUCCAACCGCGAGAACGUAUGUCAGUACACCCGAAGAAGAGGCAUACUCGUUUCGACCAUACGACCAACCAAAGAAGACGCAUCGGAGACCGUCCAUGUCUUCCUUUACCGGCUCCGAUGCUUCAUGGGCGCAGUCUCAUACGACGGCCCGAACCUCGCCGCCACCAUCAGUUCGUGGCCGACCGUAUACGACCAAAGAUCCUGACAAGAUUGUCAUUCAAGCUGUGUAUCUGUUCAUCAACCAAUACUCCAAGACACCAGCCAGUCAACUUGUGUCUGGUGUAGGAUCCGUCACGGAUGGCCUCAUCCUGCGGAUAACGACUGAAGGUCUCUUUAUCGACGACGACGUCCGCGGCGUUCCGCAGCGCGAGUGGGACGUCAAGGCGUGGACGCUGAAACUUGUCGAGGUAUGGUGCCCCCCGCACUGCUUGAAUUCGUCUGCUUCUGCUACUUCCAACACAUCGUCCGGACCCAAGAGCGCCCCCCAUUUGCUUUAUAAGAUGGCAACAGCCCGAAGAACCGCAGGCCGCGACACGCAAAAGGUUUUGAACGGCGAUGAAGCCGACACCUAUCUUACUGAGAUGCUGCGUGCCUGCAAGGAUUGCUGCCGUCUUGGUUUGUGCGAGCGAACAUUUAAAGAUACUAACAUUCCGUCUUCCUCUGGUCAGACUGGAGCAUGGAAGGCCAAGGGCUUGCACGUUCUCCGUGCCACCGUACGCGAUCAAGAUGGAAAGAGAUAUGUCUUUGUAAUGAAUGAAACUGAGAGCUGGAAGCUUGCGUUUGGAUUGCAGCGCCUUCGAGGCGGUACGCAGGUUCGACAACUAGGCGUGGCUGGAAUGACGCCUUCCGAAGCAAGAGGGACACUGGAGAUGUUGGGAUGGUCGGGCUGA